AAAUGUUUAACUUUAAAUUAGGCCAUCAUUAAUUAGAAUACAAAACUCUGGGUUCAAGUUCAAUUGCUCAACAAAUCUAAUGAAACAAUGCAAUACAGAUGUUUCGUAGACGGUUGAACCUUUAUAAGAAUUAAACAAGAAAAUGCUGAGACUGUCCACUCUAGAACGACAAAAAGGGAUCACACGAUGACAGUCAAUACGGAUAUAUUGCAUCCAAAUCAAUAUAACACAGAUGUAAAAAUAUCAAAACAACCGAAUAGUAAUUUCGACAAUAAUAUUAUUAAAAACAUUGGAACUGAUUAUUCAUAUAAACAUCAAGUUGUCUGGAAAAAUGCUAUCGGAUUUUUUAUUUUACAUUUAUUAGGAAUUUGGGGGCAUUUGAUAGUAUUCACUGGCGGCAUUUACUGGCAAACGUUUAUGUGGACUUCAUUACUUCUAUUCACAAGUACAGAAGGUAUCACCAUUGGAGCACAUAGACUAUGGUCACACAGAACAUUUAAAGCAACGCCUUUACUAAAGACCAUUUUAAUGAUAUUCCAAACUCUUGCUGGACAGAACUCAAUUUUCACUUGGUGUCGAGACCACCGUCUACAUCAUCGCUACUCAGACACGGAUGCGGAUCCCCAUAACGCAAAAAGAGGAUUUUUUUUUAGCCAUAUUGGAUGGCUCCUAUGCAAGAAGCAUCCAUAUGUAAAGGAAUUAGGAAAAAGAAUUGAUAUGAGUGACCUACAAAAUGACUGGAUGAUAAUGACACAAAAAAAAUAUUACUACUACCUAUAUUUAAUAUUUGCUGUGAUAAUCCCUGUCUCAGUACCAUACUAUUAUUUCGGAGAAUCCCUAAAGAAUUCGCUGUUGGUAUGUUACUUCGCCAGAUAUGUUUUUCAAUUAAAUGGAACUUGGUUAGUUAAUAGUGCCGCUCAUCUCUAUGGAACACGACCAUAUGAUAAGAAACUUCAACCCGUUGAGUCUUGGUUCGUCUCGUUUAUAAGUUUUGGUGAGGGUUGGCAUAACUAUCACCAUGCAUUCCCUUGGGACUACAAAGCUGCUGAGCUAUCUAUGCAUUUCAAUCAAUCAGCAAAAUUUAUAAGGAUCUUUGAAAAACUAGGACUGGCUUAUGAUUUGAAAACCGCAUCACCAGAAAUGGUACAACGUCGCAUAAUUCAAACAGGAGAUGGAACGCAUUACGCUCUCGGUAAUGACGACGAUAGAAAUGCCGUCACUUGUAUUGGUUUUAAGCAUCCUAUAAAUCCUACAUAUAAUGUGAAAUAUCAAGCUCCUACUGCCACGCUGGGAAAUAGAGGUUUACCCCUUAACCACCAAGAUGAUUACUUAGAACCUAAUGUUCUUAAAAGAAAUGUUACCGAAGCUUAGUUAUAUAGUAUUAUUAGUGUUAAUAUUCUAAUUUUAUUUGAAAUUAAGUAGUUCAUCGAUCUAGAAUAGGUAAAUUCUGUUUCCAGCGCUUUAAGUAUAGAAAAAAUAUAUAAAUGUCAAUAGAUUAGCGGAAUCG